UCUGUUUUUGUAGCAAGACUCAAGUUUUGGCAGUUAGGGUUUUGUGACACACCACUAGGCUUUCUAUAACUAGUGAUCGUCAAUCGCGGCUUUGUAUUCAUAUGUUUGAACAUUAAAAAACAAAACAAACCAAAAAAAGUAAUACUACAUGGCUGGAAUAGUCAAUAAAGACACCAUGUAUGCCCCCCCUUUAGAUUUGUCUUUCAAGUGUAUCAACUCCAUGACAGGUGCGAUGGCAGAGGAGCCACGCACAGGCCUACGGCGCUUACAACAUACCCCAGAAGGGAAAGUCUGCAGCAGGGUGUUGCGUCUCAAUAACAACAUUCUACCAGACCUGAGCGGGUUUAAUGAGGCUAUUGAUCACUUUAUAAAAGACACCAGCCAGCUGUCCUGGAUCGACCUGUCUUUCAACGAUCUCUCCACCAUCGACAAUGUCUUGACUCAGUACAAGAACUUGCGGGUGUUGUAUCUCCAUGGUAACAGUAUUAUCACACUGGGGGAAGUGGACAAACUGGUGGCUCUACCCAACCUGCUUAGCCUGACGCUUCACGGCAACCCCAUGGAGAAUGAGAAAGGAUACAGGAACUAUGUGAUGUCGGCACUGCCCCAGUUAAAAACAUUAGACUUCAGUGCUGUGACCAAGCAGGACCGGGUCACUGCAGCGAUAUGGAGGAGAGGCUUCAAUCAACAGAAACGACCCAAGAGGAACUUUGAUGUGUAGCUCCAAUCACAGACCAUCUCGUCCACUUAACCAAUCAGAAAGCAACACCUCAAACUACACUGAGAGGACAUGGAUUGAAUAAGGGGGUUAAAGCAUGGGGACAUGCUGGCUUUAUGACUUCAUAGAAACUCACGUUUCUUAAACUUUAACACCUAAUUAAAUAGACUUGAAUCAGUGUGUCAAAUGGCAAAACAAAUAUUCUUUUUUUAAUGUCAGCUGCUCCCAGGCAUUUCUGCAUACUCAUUUCUUUGUCAAGUGGCUCUGUGUGACAUUUUAGACAUACAGUAUAAUGCCUAACCCCAGUUGUUGUUUUGCGAGGUGCUGUAUUUUGUGAACUAUUUUGGUUUGUUUUCUGGUACCCCUAUUGUUAGAUAUCCCUGCAAAAUCUAAGAUACAUGGAGUUACCUUGGAGGACAAAAAAAAGGUUUAUUAAAACAUGUGGACUUAAGAGAUCAAAGUAAAAAGCUCAAGUUGAGUUACUAUUUAUUUGAAUAUAUCUUUGAAUUCCUUUGUAAGGAGGCUAAACCCCAUUGAAGCACAAUACAGUGUUAACACCAGCCCACAAAGGAGGUCUUUGAAAUCCUGCAUGUUCAUAAAGGGCUACCUAUGAACAGAUAAGGUCACAUUUAUCUAGUUCUUUCACCAAAGGGAAAAUUAAAAAUAAAAUUACUAGCAAACACCCACUGAUUAAUCCACUGGUUUUAUUUUCAUAUAAUGAUGUGUAAAACAGUUUAGAAGACCUUAAUAAACCUGGCCCAAAAUGUCUACCUGGAUAAACUUGCAACAGAUGACAAAAACGCAUACAUUAUACCAGUCUUGGACCGUGUAAUACAGUGGAGGUGCUUAUCCAUAUAAGAUGAUAUAGUACUGAACAUGAAAUGUUGCAGUUUUUAACCUAGAGAAAUGUGAUUGUAGAUCCUUUUGGAUGUACAAAUCUAACGUACAGCAUUUCACAUUGCAACAUACAUUACAAUACAUCAUUGCUGUACAGCUCUUCCUUUAUUAAUUAAAGAAAUAAAUGUAUUUUGUACAGGUUGUGCUGGUGCAUUUGAAAAACUGAGAAAAAAAAGCAUUGAUGGCGCCAUCUAGUGUCAACAGUGCAUUUGCACACAUAAGGGGUUUGUGCAAAGUAAAUGCUGCACUGUAUUGAAGAAACAUCUAAUUAAGUUAACUGGGCUGGCCAAAGAGAGCCAUUUAUUUGUUCUUUCAAAUAAAUGUAAGAGUUCAGUUAUUCAGGAAAACUGAAUGCAUUUCCAUGUACCUAUUUAGUAAUAAAGACGUAUAGCAACAUAUCUUACAAAUAUUUAUUUAAUGCAUAAUUACAAUAAACAGAAAACAAAAUGAUAGUAACUGAAUCCUUUAUUAAUGAAUGCUUUUUUGUUGUUGUUGUUAGCCUAAGAGUAUGGGCAACUUAAUUCAGGUAGUAUUUUACAUUAAAGUACAAAACAAAAAAGAAACCAACAAAAAAAACUAAUAGCACACAGCAAGAAGCAGAAUAAAAAUGUCUGCAGAAGUCCUAAGGUUCAUCCCUUUAAAGCUCCAAAAAGUGCUUCAUUUUGCACUAGAGAUCUGCUCGCACCAGUACAGACAUAAUACAAGUGUCCAUAAAUACUUUUAAAAGAAAAAAUGAAGAAAUACAUCUACAUUUCUUCAAGUAUAUUCAUUUAGAAACUAAACUGUUUCAAAAUCCACCACUUGCUCAUUUUUACCAUAAGUGAUUAGGAGUUGAGUUCGGAUCAUGUGUUUUUUGUUCCAUAAACCUCGCUUCUAUAGUUCUGCGUGUAGGAUUUUUAAAAUGAAAGAGACUGAUACACUGUGUUCAUAUAUAGGUAGUGUUCCAGGUGGUCUUUUCUGAAUAAAAAGCUAUAAAUCAUCUUACCAUACAUAAAACAAAUGUAAUAAACUAGGGCUUGAAUUGUUCACUUUUUAUGUUUGGUCUC